AUGCGUCGAACGACGACCCUCGAGGUCGACACCGCUUCGACGACUCAGCCAACGACCACAGUGACGAUUGAACAUGAAGACGAACAAGCCGCUGCGCUACCCCCUACCCCCACCAUCCAGCCAUCGCUGAAGCUACUUUUCUCACUCCUCACCCGGCGACAACUCCUCCUUUUCCUCCUCCCCGCCAUCAUAUUCGCCAUCAUCUCCGGAGGGAUUGCUCCUUUCAUGACCUACGUUGUAGGCCAGGCUUUCGAUGCCUUCGCCAAAUUCCCCAUCUCGCUACCGACUCAACAGGACAAAGACAAUCUUCUCAAUGGCGUCGGCCUCGCAGCUCUACAGCUUCUUGGUCUCGCACUCGCAUCCGUAGCCCUCUCCAGCAUCACUUCAUCCUUCUGGAUAUGGACAGGAGAACAGAACGCGAUGGCGUUGAGGAAGAAGGUGUACGAUGAAGUUGUAGCAAAGGACAUGGACUGGUUUGACACCAAGAUGGGCGGCGACGAACAAGGCCCCGUCGGCGCUGGUGGGCUCAUGGCCAAAUUCACAAGAGAAACUGAUGAAGUGAGAAUGGCCUCUUCUCUCGCUUCGGGGAUGGUUCUCCAAUACCUCACCACUACAAUUACCUGCUUGGUUCUCGCUUUCAUACGCUCCUACCAACUUACCUUCGUAAUCCUGUCGGCAGUUCCCCUCCUCACCUUCAUCCAAGGCGUAUCUCAAGCCACCGCAGGCCCGCUCCUCAGCGCUGAACACGGGAGCAUCGGAAUCGCGGGAACCCUCAUCGACCGGGCGGUCUCCGCCAUCGCGACCGUCAAGGCAUUCAACGCUCAGGACUUCGAGCGUCUUUCAUUGAGCAAGAUUUUCGGCAACAUUCACACCAUCGCGAAGAAGCUGAGCACCGUCUGGGGCAUCACCAGCGGUCUCUCGCAGUUCGUGAUGAUGUCGAUGUUCGUACAAGGCUUCUGGUUCGGGUCCAAGCUCGUGCGCGAGGGCAAGAUCUCGCCCGGAGAUGUCAUGGCCGUCUUCUGGGCUUGUCUCAUUGCUACAAGCAACCUCCAGAUGUGCAUCCCACAGUUCAUCACCCUGGCCAAGGGUAAAUUCGCCAUGGUUUCCCUCCUCACCCUCAUCGACGAAACCCCUUCCACACCAUCUUCUCCCUCUUCGCCCAACCCUCCCUCCCCUCUUUCCCCGGCUUCCGUACAAACCAGCGCCUCGCGCUCAACCCAUACCCUCUCCCUCUCGGCGUCGAAGCCCCGAGUCCUCCGGGGAAUCGUACCCAGACGAUGCAUCGGCGAAUUCCAACUCGCCGAUGUCACUUUCUCGUACCCAGCUCGCGCCCCUGUCCUCAAGAACGUUUCCCUCUUCCUUCCUGCCGGAGAAACGACCUUCGUUGUAGGAGGUAGCGGCUCCGGGAAGUCAACCGUCGCCGCCCUCCUUCUUGGCCUGUACAAAACUAGCCAGGGUCAAGUUCUCAUGGACGAGCAAGAGGUCGCAUUUUUAGAUAACAAGUGGAUGCGGAGCCACGUUAUGGGCGUUUCGCAGGGCGACUGUGUCAUCUUCGAUGGCAAGACUGUACACGAAAACAUCGCGGCCAUCAUGGGUACCGAUGCCUCCGUCUCACGCGAACAGGUGAUCGAUGCUUGCACGAAGGCCCUUCUACACGAAUUCAUCAACGGACUCCCCGACGGCUACGAUACUAUCCUCGGCGGUGCUUCCGAUUCUGAGGCUGUCGAAGGAGCCAAGGUCGGAGGUGUCAACCUUAGCGGUGGCCAAAGGCAACGCCUUGCCAUCGCCCGAGCUUGCCUUCGCAACCCUACUGUCCUAAUACUCGACGAAGCUACUUCUGCUCUCGACCCUACUUCCCGCCUCCUCGUCUUCGAAGCUCUCAAGCGCGUCCGCCGCAACAAGACCACUAUCGUUAUCACCCACGAUCUUUCCCAGAUUGAAAACACUGACUUCGUCUAUGUGAUGCGGGAUGGGGAGGUUGUCGAACAGGGUUUCCGAAGGGAUCUCGAAUCCGGCUCGAGCACAGAAGAUUUCACCUCCACUACAUCUCUCGACGGCGCUCACAUUGGCGAGUUCAAAUCGAUGCUCCGAAUCCAGAUGGGCAUGGGCGGGUACCUGCCCGAACGGGACAUCGAUGCGACUUCCUCUGAAGGCCAAACCGACGAGAAGCGAACAACUGCCUUCGACGACGAAUCUUUACCUUCCAUGACCGAUAUACCUGUUCCACCACCCACUGCCGCAGCUCGCCUCCGUCCUUUGACCUUGACCCUGGGCAACUGGAUGUUCGACGUUGUAUCCGAUCUGACGAAGACUGCGAACGGACCCGGAGGCGCACUGGCACGGCUUUCCAUGAUACCCGAGCAUCAGCAAUACGAACAAAACCAACGCGCCAGCAUUCGUGCUAGCCGCUUCGUCCCUGCUGAUAUGCUCCAGCAACCAACACAAAGAAAGACUCGCCCUACUAGCAUCGCAAUCCCUUCCUCCCCUACCACCCCUACAGCUGCCUACACUAUCCCACCCACCAGGCGCAUGAGCCUUCAAUUCACCCCCACGUCUCCCGUCUUCUCGCUAGGCGAUGGCUACCUUUCCUACUCAAGCGCUGACUUCGCUGAGAAUGCGAGCGCCAUGGGCAGCGAAAUCGGUCUUCUCGGAAGUCGACGAGGAAGGGCUGCGGAUUAUGACGAUGACGAGACAAUCCUCGAGAAGCGCGGAACAACGGCAGAGGAGAAGCGUAGGCAACGAGUGAAGAGCGAGCGCAGGCGAUGGGAUACCGAGAAAGUUGCCGUCGCGCCGAAGAAGGGCGAUAAGAAGAGACGCUUCCAGGUUCGCGUGGACAAGUGGAAGCGUAAGGCCGAAAAGGAGGGCGCUGAGGAGGCGGCUGAGCGACAACUGUCGUUCUGGCAGCUUUUGCGCGUCAUCUACCCCACCAUCCCCUACAAGCCCAUGGUCGCUCUCGGUCUCGUCACUUGCGUCUGCAGUGGUGCCAUGACACCCAUCUUCUCCUUCCUCCUCUCUCGUGUAAUGUUCGAGGUGUCCGUCGGUGCCACAAAUGUCUCCGCCAUCAACACCUUUGGCGGCAUCGUCCUUGGUAUCGCCGCAAUCGAUGGGUUCCUCCUAGGCUUCAAAUACUUCUUGAUGGAGACCCUCGCCUCUUCAUGGGUCACCCAGAUCCGCAACACAGCCUACGAACGCAUCCUCGCCCAAGACAAGAAGUUCUUCGACAAGACCGACAACGCAUCCACCCGAUUCAUCCAAAUUCUCGUCAAGGAUGGAGACGACGCAAGGAAUCUUCUGUCCGUCGUCAUCGGUCAAUUCCUCGUUGUCGCUUCAAUGCUCGGUGUCGGUUUGGUAUGGGCUCUGAUCCGUGGCUGGCAGCUGACUCUCGUCGGCUUCGCUAUCGCCCCGGUGUUCGCCAUCACGAUGGCCGUUCAGACCCGACUUGUCACCAAGUGCGAAGUUCGAAACAAGCGCGCCCGCGAAGAUGUUGCAAAGAGCUACUACUCGGCCAUCGCUAACAUCCGUGGCAUUCGCGCGAUGUCGUUUGAGGGUCUCUACAAGCAACAAUUCGACACCGCAGCUGAUCGUGCUUUGACCACCGGUGUCAAGGGUGCUUUCGUCGAGGGAUGCACAUACGGUGUUUCGAGUGGCCUUAUCUACCUUGCCGAAGCGUUGCUCUUCUACGUCGGAGCCGUCCUCAUUGCCCAGGGAACGUAUUCGUACCUCCAAAUGGUUCAAACACUGAACUUGGUUGUAUUCUCGGUCACCAUCGGAUCGCAGCUUAUGGCAUUCACCGAAAAGAUCGCUAAGGCUGUUCAAGCCACGAGAGAUUUCAACGAACUUCUCCGGUUACCCACCGAUACCGAUGAGGCCAAAGGUGUCAUGAAGCCGACUCUCGACGGACCGGUCACUUUCCGCAACGUUGCGUUUUCUUACCCUGAACACCCCGAUGCUCCCGUCCUCAGCAACCUCAACCUCAGCAUCGAGCACGGCGAAUGUGUUGCUAUCGUUGGUCCAUCAGGCUGCGGCAAGUCCACAAUCGCUGCGCUCCUCCAGCGACUCUACGAACCUACCUCUGGCAUGAUCGCCAUCGGUCUCAACGAGCUUCGCUCUAUGAACGCCGAACAUCUUCGCCAUCACGUCUCCGUCGUCAGCCAGAAAGCUAACCUUUUCGACGCUACCAUCACGGAGAACAUCAAGUACGGCAACGAGUCCCUCACGGAUAUGGACGUCCGACGCGCCGCAAAGGCAGCAAACGUUCACGAGUUCAUUAUGACGCUUCCACAAGGCUACGACACCCUCGUUGGCGAGAACGCUUCCCUCAUUUCUGGUGGACAAGCCCAGCGACUCCAAAUCGCCCGCGCACUGGCUCGCCCUGCGCGCAUUCUCAUCCUCGAUGAGUGUACCUCCGCCUUGGAUGCUGCCAACCAAGCUGUGGUCAUGGACACCAUCCGCAGCGCCAAGGUUGGGCGCACCACCAUCAUGAUCACCCACAAGGUCGACGUCAUGAGAAUGUGCGACAGGAUCGUGUUGGUAGACGAGGGCCGUGUUGUUGAGGAAGGCCGAUACGACGAGCUAAUGGAGAAGAAGGGCGUAUUCGCCACAUUGGCCAGCGGAGGGGAGUGGCAGAGCGCCUAG